AUGAAGAUUCGCGGAUCACAUCAAUUGUGCCAUUUGCUCAGCCUAUUUGUUCUUGUUCAGGUGUUUGAAGGUGAUUGCCAUCGCUUUGGAUACAGUCAAGCUGAGCAGAGAAGAUGGUCGAGGAAACAUGGAACGUGCUCGGGAAAAUAUCAAUCACCAAUUGCUAUCAAUUCCAGAAGGGCCUUUCACUUACCAAUGCCAGCACUGGAAUUGGUGGGUUAUCACAAUUUACUUCCAGGACCAAUUUUGAUCCACAACAAUGGCCAUUCAGUGUCUUUGACGAUUCCCAAGCCAACCAGUGUGCAGCUUGAGCAGGGAAUUAAGCAUCCCUACAUAUUCGGUGGCAAACUCAAGAGUGAAUACGAACUGGAAGGUCUGCAUUUUCACUGGGGCGACAAGAAUAAUCGCGGUGCUGAGCAUGUUCUCAAUGAUAUUCGCUAUCCCAUGGAAAUGCACAUAAUUCACCGCAAUCGAAAAUACAAAGAUGUUGCUGAGGCGCUCAAUUAUGGUGAUGGAUUGACAGUUUUGGGAUUCUUCUAUCAAAUUCAAGAGCACGACGGUGGAGAAUUGGCGACUAUUGUGAGGAAUUUGAGUCCAGUGUCUGAUUUUGAUCGGACUUAUUCACUCAAUUUCACCUUUUCGCUGUCUUCGCUCAUCUCAACGGUGGACACGCAAUUAUUCUACACGUACAAAGGCUCCCUCACAACUCCUCCGUGCUCUGAAGCUGUCACGUGGAUUCUCUUUCCCGAUCCACUGCCCGUUUCUGUGUCGCAGAUGAACAAAUUCAGACACUUGUCGAAUGGAAUUGAAGGAUCUGUGCUUGUGGACAACUAUCGAGCGCUGCAACCGCUGGGAAAUCGAAGAGUUUUCGUGCGGAAGGUGAAUGAGAGAAACACUCACUUGAAUACGAUAGAUAAGAACCUUCACUACAACAAAUGGGAUUGGCUGUAUUAAUUGAUAGAUUGCUUUGAAGUUGUGCUGAUUUCUCUAUACUGAGACGCCCCAGA